CACAGAUGCGACUGCAAAGCAAGUUGUAGCCAAGUCGCAAACAUUUUUGGACUGCCAGGGAGGACGGAAAUCCUGCCUGGAGGCAUGGAUUGCUCAGGACACUAAGGCCCAGGACUGACUGAGAAGUCUCAGCAGGGAUAUGAUGUACAGGAGCCCCUCGAGAAACAGUCUGGGAAUGGAGUUAUGAAUGUGAAGAGAGUGGCCCCAUGUUGCGUUAGAAGAAGAGGCGGUGGUAAAAUGCCAGCUAGGGAGGAAACGGCACUACUUUGCCCCCCACAGGACCCCAGUAUCUGAGUCUCCAAACACCGGCAAUUUCUCCUCUCCAUCAGCAAAGCUAUGGGACAUCAGCUGUCCUUCUGCUACCGCAUCCUGAUGGCUCCUACAGCUUCUCUUUGCCUGCCUUCCCAAUCACCUCCCCCUGUAACACCACGGCUCCUUUCCUCCUGCCGGCUCCUUUAGCAGCCGCCGUGCGAACGAGGGGUACCCCUGACAAAGGGAUCGUGUCCGCACACCAACCACUGGCACCAUGAAGGAUCUGGCCAGGCCGGCCAAGCGCACGGUGCAGAAGACGCACCUGUGCCCAGAAUGUGGCAAGAGCUUCAGCAAGAAGGGGAACCUCAAAAGGCACCAGCGGAUCCACACGGCCGAAGAGCUGCACACGUGUGGGGACUGCGGCAGGCGCUUCACGACGAGGGGACACCUGGCGACCCACCAGAGCAUCCACACGGGAGUGAGGCCAUUCCAGUGCCACGAAUGUGGCCGGUGCUUCAGGCUGGAGAUAUGCCUGGCCGCUCACCACAAGACGCAUGCAAAGGGCGGGCCAUACCUCUGCCCCCACUGCGGGAAGAACCUCAGCACCAAGAUCUACUUCAACAUCCACAUGAGGACCCACAAAGAGAAGAGGCCGUAUGCAUGCACGGACUGUGGGAAGAGCUUUGUGAAGAAGGGAACCCUGACAGCCCACAAGGAAAUCCACAAGCGGGAGAAGCCAUUUAAAUGCACCGACUGUGGCCGGUGCUUUGGACAGAGUGCCACCUUGGUGGCCCACCAAAAGGUUCACCUUCGAGGAGGCCCAUUCAUCUGUACGGAGUGUGGGAGAAGCCUAAGCACCAAGAGGUACUUUAAUGUCCACCAAAAAAACCACGCCAAGCAGAGGCCAUCCGGUGCUAGCGGGCAUGCAAAUGGCAUGUCUGUCCGGGUCAUCCAGAUUAAAGAGGAACCAGAUGUGGCCUUCAAAGCUGGGGACAGUUUUAACCCGAUGGAGAAUACUUCAGUGCAAGGACCUCCUUCAGGAGAUGGGAUCCCAGGAACGAUUGAAUACAGAAACCGGUGCAGUCCAAAGAUCCCUUGGGACAUCCGGGCAAAGGAGGAACCAGACGCGUCCACUGAAGAGGAGGCCAACGUCCCUCUGCUAGCACAUCAGAUCUCUUUCAUUAAGCAGGAACCGCAGGAAAGCACUGAUGGGGAAAGCCAGUUCGAUCCAAAGAUACCUCUCAUUAGUCCCCCGGGAAUCCAGGUUAAGAAGGAAACGGAUGCAGAUCAUGAACGUGCGGGGAGCGAUGCCCAGAUCAGCAACCUCACAACGUACAAGGAGCCCCACAUUAAGGACGAACCUCAGGAGAGCGCAGACCGCACCAGCCCCUUCGGUCAGAAGAGCACCAUCCAGAGAAUCCAGAUCAAGGAAGAACCCGGGAUGGAUGCUGGAAGUGGGAAAAACUGCAGCCCAAAGAAAAAGCAAAAGAAAUGCCAGCAACCCAGCAAAGGAGGGUCUCCCAGUGCAGUUAACGAGAGUCAGGAGGCCAAAGCUAAAAGCAAGAAAAGUCCCUUGAUCAAGACCGAUGCUCCCAAAGAGGAAAGGAUCUUUCCAUGCCCUGACUGCGGGAAAAGCUUCAACCAGAAGUCAAACCUCACCAGGCACCGGAAGAUCCACACCAGCGAGGGGCCGUAUAAGUGCAGCGAGUGCGGGGAGAGCUUCCGCAUGAACCGGAAGCUCGUCAGGCACCAGAGGAUCCACAUGAGCGAGCCAUUCAAAUGCACGGACUGCGGGAAGAGCUUCACUCAGAGGUCCAACCUUGUCCGGCACCAGAGGAUCCACACCAAGGAGGAACCAUACAAGUGUCCCGAGUGCGAGAAGACCUUCAAUCAGAAAGCCAACCUCUUCCGCCACCAGUCCAUCCACAUCAGGAUGGGCCCGUGCAAGUGCACCAAGUGCGGGAAGUGCUUCCCUCAAAAGCGCCACCUCAUUAAACACCAAGCGCUUCACUCCAGAGGAGGGGCCUACAAGUGCCAGGUGUGUGGAAAGCGCUACAGGCUGAAGAAAUAUCUUAGGAGGCACCAGAAAAUCCACCUGAGGGAGGAGCCCAGUGUGCGAGCAACACGCGGAGAAGGUCUUGGCGCAGCCAAAAGCACGAGCAACCACCAUCCCACCCACCUGGAGCAGAGACCGCUCACUGCCGUGAAAAGCGAGGACAGCUUGAAUGUCUCCGGGUGAGGCUCCAUACGGGAGGAAAGCUGGCACGGGAAGGUGAAGAGUAAGGACUGAAUCCUGCUGCCCUCACUUGUGCAGACUUUCUGCCGAUGUUAGCAAAGGGAGACGCUCUGCUUGCUGAGCAAAGCAUCAGGCUGGGACUGGGGACACCAUGGGCCAAGUCCCAGUGCAGCGGUGGGGUUUCUGGAUGACCUUAGGCCAGUCUCCCCAGACAUAAGGUGAUGCCAACCUCCUUUGGAAAGCGCUUUGAGAUGUAGGGAUAAGCAGCACCCUUAAUGGGAGAUUUGCACCUUUUGAGAAGGUCGAAUUAUGCCCAAAUGACUCCAAAAGCUACUCCAGCUUGUAUAGGCUGGAUCUAUCCAACAGCAAAUGAAAGUCUUUAUUUAUAGUUGGCGAUUUCUCAGUCAAGCUGUGAUCUUACAAGUGGGACUCACUCCUGUAAUUUUAUUGACACGGGCAUUAGUCCCGUUGAAACAAGAGCUGUAUCAAAAGCUAGCUUGGAGAUUCAGGUGCAGGGUAAAGCACAGCACACACACGUAGGCCAACGUUUUCAGCACUGGGUACCCCAAGUCAUGCUCAGGGCAAAAAAGAGGUCUUGAGCUGAGUAGCUAAAACUGAGAUAUGCAAAAUCAGUGUCCAUUUUCAAACGCUUGGCUGACGGUGAACAAAUUCUGCUCUGUUAUACGGGGCCUAUAUCGCAUUGCUUGGGCAUAUACGAGGGAAGCUUUUGGUAUUUGUGACUAGCAGAAGCUGCCUUUAAGAACAUGAGAUGCUGCAGAGACAUCCCCGGCUCCAGCAGACAAGGAUAAGGAGUUGAUGAGCAAUGCGAUUCUUGAUCCUUACUACCUAUUUUUUUUCCCCUUUAAUGUGACUGAGAAACACUCGACGGGGUUUGGGAUUUAUUGGGCAUUAUUUAGGGACUUGAUACAAGCAAUCAAAAGCAUUGCAACUUGGCAGCAGACUGCAUGGACUGGAAACUACGGAGUAGACGACCCAAAACCCUUUAUCUUGUGGGUAGAUGUGGUUUGGUUUUGCUUGCGUGAUGGCAGCUGCUAGGUUCUUCGGGGCAUAUUCAGAGCUCGCCACUCUUUACUGCUCUUAGCUGAUUUUUUUUUUUUAAUAAUGGGGUGUACUCCCUAAAACAAGGGAUUUUUAAUGUGGUGGAUUCAUAGGAGACUUAAUAAAAACCCAGCCUGACCAGAACCAGGGACCAUUGGGGCCAUACUCUGAGACCGACCACCCAAAGAGUUUUUAGCAAUGUUGUUACAUGACUAUACAUAGGCUGCAGAUCAGGGGUGUGCAUUCAGGUUCACCAGGUAGCUGUCAUAGUUGUAGGAGUCUGAGCGUCGAGUCAAGAAGUGUCUUGGGUUAUUAGCUGUUAGUUCUACCUCUGCUUUUGUGUCUCAAAUGAAAUCACCCUUCCCCAAGGAGUGUUGCACACAUUGUGGCUUUUAUAUUCUUUUUCAGGGGCAACCGAGUCCAAGUGGGUAUUCAUGUUGGCCAUUGUACAGGGGAAAACAACUUUAAUUGCUGCCUGGGGUGUCUAUAGGGACCACGCAUGUGGAAACUGCUGAGGAGAUAUGGUGUAUCUGUGUGUUUCCUGCGUGGUAGCACCCACUUUGUGUGUCGUGGAAAGGUCCACAGGAAGGGGGAGUGAAGGCAACUUGGGUAGACCAUCAAGCUUCAUGAGCGUGGAGACUGUGUUGCAUUAAAACAACAUGGUGGAGCCAGGCAGGGCAUCCAAAACAAUACACUAGGCCUGUCUGGGAUGGGCCAUAUACCAGGGAGGUGCAUUAUCCCCUGAAUGUCUGAAUGCAAUUGUUUCCUUACCAUUAGACUAGAUUUGUGGGCAAAUGCUUUUACCCAGGAGGAGGCAGCUGUGCUUGACAUUUGCAGUCUGAGCAUCACUUAAAGAGCCAGGACACAAAGCUGCCCUUGAGCCAGCCAGUCAGCUUUCUCAGACGUAACUGAGCCUAGUAUCACAGAGCAAGGAGAGCGUACAGCGUUCAGUGCGAGGGGCAAAAAUCAGUGCUGAUUGAUUGUUACAUCUCA